CAAGGCAUACUCAAAAGUAUUUGUACUAUUCAUAUAUCAAAGAUAACAAACUCAUUUCUCGACGGUCCGAUGGGUGAAGCAGCUAAGUAUGAUGGCUCUAGCCAAAGCAAAUUAGAGCGCAAGGAAAAAAGAGCUUUUUUCUUAAGAAAAUGGACCCAGUUCGAUGUAGAGAAAGCUUCGGCUGUUGUAGUCGUGCAUCUGUUGUGUCUACUGGCUCCAUUUUACUUCAAAUGGGACGCAUUCUUGUUCGGUUGGAUUCUCACCAUGGUGACUAACAUCUUCAUCACAUUCUCGUACCACAGGAACUUGACUCACCGGAGCUUUAAGUUACCUAAAUGGCUUGAAUACUUAUCCGCCUAUAUUGCUCUUUUCGCGUUGCAGGGUCAUCCAAUAGAUUGGGUGAGUACACAUAGGUUCCAUCACCAGUUCACAGAUUCGGACCGCGAUCCACAUAGCCCUAUCGAAGGAUUCUGGUUCAGCCAUGUCUUGUGGCUAUUUGACUCCGAUUAUAUCAGAGAAAAGUGUGGAAGACGUAACAAUGUGAUGGACUUGAAGCAACAAUGGUUCUAUAGGUUUCUUGGAAAGACAAUCGGUCUCCACAUCUCAGCAUUUUGGACCCUCAUCUACUUAUGGGGUGGUCUACCUUACUUAACUUGGAGCGUGGGUGUUUUCGGAGUAUUGGCUUACCAUUUAACUUGGCUCGUCAACUCGGCAUGCCAUAUUUGGGGUUCGCAAGCGUGGAACACCAAAGACACCUCUCGUAACGUUUGGUGGCUAGGGCUAUUCACGAUGGGAGAGAGCUGGCACAACAACCACCAUGCCUUUGAGGCGUCGGCUAGGCACGGACUAGAAUGGUAUCAGGUAGACACAACUUGGUACCUCAUUCGGUUCUUCCAGGCUCUCGGUUUAGCCACUAAUGUCAAAUUGCCUACCGAUGCUCAGAAACGCAAAAUGGCUUUCCCUCAUUAAUGUCAGCUCUAAAUCUAUC